ACCUACUGAACCAAUGAUCGAGGGCGGAGUUUGACCAAUAGAUAACGUGAUUCAGCCUCCGGAUUACGGACGUGUCUGGAAGAAGCAACGCGUCUGCAGGGUCACAAAGCGCAUGAUUGCAUCGAAACUUCCCCGCCCUGGAGUUCUUCAGUGUCUACCUCGUAUCUGAAGUAUUACAGCUCCUCGAGUCUUCAAACAAGUCCUCUAGCUCCAACAGCUAUGAACGGGUUUCUUGCUUCCUUUGUUGCGGCGGUCCAAGCAUCUUUAUCGGUGUUGCUAGUUAUCUCAUACGGCGCUAUAGCGGCAAGAUUGGGUCUCCUCAACACCAGCAAUGGCAAAGCAAUCAGCAAGAUAUGCGUGAAGUUGUUUUUACCAGCUUUGCUCCUGGUUCAGAUAGGAUCCGAAUUGCAUGUGGGCUCAGCUCAUCGCUACCUAAUCAUACUUCUGUGGGCUUUCCUUUGCCACUUCGUCAGUUUCUUGAUAGGCAUCUUCGCUCAUCUGGUCUUUGGCCUACCCGACUGGACGACUGCAGCAAUCAUGUUUAACAACACCACGAGUUACCCAUUACUGCUUAUCCAGAGCUUGGAACAGACUGGGAUUCUUUCUAAGCUUCUAGUGGAAGACGAGUCGACGCAUGAACUCGUUGCAAGAGCAAAGAGCUACUUCCUCGUUUUCGCAACAGUUAGCAGCUGCUUGACAUUCGCAGUAGGCCCUCGACUUAUCGAUACCGAACAUGCGCCAGACUCGGACGACGACCUGACAGUUGACAGUGAGGAGGAAUCUUCUCCAAGAGCGCCCGCAACGCAUUUCGGAGAAUCCAAUCUAGAGAACGGUACUUCUGCAGAACAACCAUCGGAGCAGACGAGGUUACUAUCGUCAGGUCCGCAAUCUAGGAACCGCCACGAGUCUAUCACCAACAUCACCUUCUUUCCAUCAAAGCCGAAGUUCGCCACCGUUAGACGUCGUCCUCGAUACAUCACAGGUCUUCGUUGGAGCGAUUUGAGUGCACGCACGCGAUGGUGGUUGUUGUUCUUCUACGACUUCCUCAAUGCACCGCUACUCGGCGCUUUACUCGGCGUAUUUAUCGGCAUGACACCUGCCCUACAUCGCGCUUUCUUCAGCAGCACAUACAAUGGAGGCAUAUUCACUGCCUGGCUCACGGAGAGCUGGAAGAAUAUCGGCGGGUUGUUUAUUCCUCUUCCUCUCAUCGUUGCUGGCAUUUCCCUAUACACCUCGUAUCAGGAGUCGAGGCGUGCUGAGGGAGCAGCUAUGCGAAGUAGUACGCCUCUGGCCACAACGGUCUUCAUCUUGGUGAUACGCUUCGUUGUAUGGCCACUGAUUAGCAUUGGACUCAUUUAUGCCAUUGCAAAGCAUUCUGCCAUGCUAGGGUCCGACCCAAUGCUGUGGUUUGCGAUGAUGCUUAUGCCAACAGGACCGCCCGCCAUGAAAUUGAUCACCAUGGUCCAGGUCAGCGAUGCUGGUGCCGACGAUGAGAGAAAGAUUGCAAAAAUCUUAACUGUUUCCUACAUCAUCAGUCCGGUCUUGGCCAUCGUCGUUGUUGGCGCUUUGUAUGCGAGCGAAGCUGCAAUUUAAGUGGGGUCCGUGGGCCACGCCAUGUGCUUUCACCUCCCACGCUGAAGGAGUUACAAACCUAGACCCUGGACGGCAAUCUUGUUCGUCGCAACAACGUAACUUCCUUCCCAAGGCUUCCUACUACCCUCAGCUAUGAGGGCUGUGCACCUGCUAUUAUCAACGUUGGUAGUGCGCACAUUUGGCAAUCUAUUGUUCAAGUGAGUUCUCGCCGCACACUACUCGUGUACCACGAUG